AUGAAGGCCCAAAAUUGUGUGUUCCUUUCUGCUCUGACAAUGGCAUGCCCAUUCGUGCGAGAUGUGGUGGAUGAAGAAGCACUUGUGCUGAGGAGAGCCUUCAGGCGAGAAAGGGUCUUCAGGGACCGGUUGGACCCACUGGCCUUCCCUGAUGACCAUCUAUAUGAAAGAUACAGGUUUUCUGCAGAUGGCAUCAGGUAUCUAUGCAGACUACUGGGUCCCAGGAUUAAGCACCGCACUGCACGGAGCCAUGCACUGAGUGUGGAGCAAAUGGUUUGUGUGGCCUUGCGCUUUUUUGCUAGUGGAGCCUUCCUGUACUCAGUGGGGGAUGCAGAACAGCUGAACAAGGCCACAAUUUGCCGCACAAUAAGGAGUGUGUGUCUGGCUAUCAAAGCAUUAGCAGAUGUCUUCAUCUCCUUCCCUGGCCACAGAAGACUCUGUGACAUCAAAGAGGAGUUCUAUAGGAUUGCAGGUUUCCCCAAUGUCAUUGGUGCAGUGGACUGCACACACAUAAGGAUAAAAGCCCCCUCAGGUGCCCAUGAGGCCGAUUUUGUGAAUAGGAAAUCCUUUCACAGCAUUAAUGUUCAGAUGGUCUGCAAUGCUGACUGUGUGAUCAGCAAUGUUGUGGCAAAAUGGCCUGGCUCAGUCCAUGACUCCAGAAUCUUUCGGGCCUCUGAAAUCUAUCAGUGCCUAUCACAAGGUGAAUUCUCUGGUGUGUUGCUGGGAGACAGGGGGUAUGGCUGCCAGCCUUUUCUCCUGACACCUUUCACAGACCCCCAGGAAGCACAGCAGGCCUACAACCAUGCCCAUGCCAGGACCAGGUCCAGAGUUGAAAUGACCUUUGGCCUCCUGAAGGCACGCUUUCACUGCCUUCACAAAUUAAGGGUCAGCCCUGUUAGGGCAUGUGAUAUUACUGUGGCUUGUGCUGUCCUCCACAAUGUGGCCUGCCUGAGGAAGGAGAGGGCCCCCAGAGUGCCACCAGCCAUGGACUGGGACAAUCCGGCAAUCUUCCCUGAUGACGACAGUGGUCGGCUGCUGAGGGACCAAUAUGUGUUGAAUUAUUUUAGUUAGUAUGUGUGCUUUCAAUUUUGGUUAAAUAUGUCCUGCGGUGGCAGAGGAAUUUGGGUUUUUUUGGGUUCGUUUUUUUACGAAUUUGGCCUCUUAUGAUGUUUGUGCGGUAUACUGUGUGUAAUACAAGGCUGCAGGGAGGCUACUGCAUCCAUUCAUUUGUCUGUUCAGUUGAUGUGUAUGGAUUUGUCCUGCAUUUAUUUUAGUGUGCAGACAUGCAGGGUGUGUUAUAUACAGACCUUUGAAUGUGUAUGUAUCAUUUUGUAUAAUAUGCUUGGAUUCUGUGCUUUCCAUCUUGUAGAGUCACUGUGACUUCAGUUUCGAAAGGAGCUGAUGGUUUACCUGCUUUGUUUUGUCCUUAUUCAAUAAAGGAACAUAAUGUUA